AUGGGGAAACUAAUUAGGGAGCAGUGGGAAGCAAUUAGGGGUCUAAAAUCCUCCAUUUUGGUCCCUUGGUUAAUAUGGGGUGAUUUGAAUGAGGUGUUGCUACCUGAAGAUCGUCUUGGAGGCACUCACACCACAAAUGGAAUGAAUGAUUUUGGAGACUUUGUGAAUGCUUGCAACCUGGUGGAGCUCCCCUUAGCUGGCAGAAGAUUCACUUGGAGCAACUCAAGGAGUAUGAGUCGGAUAGACAGAACAUUCGUAGACACUGACUGGCUUUUUUUAUUUCCUAACAUUGUUUUGCAGGGACUUAGCAAGGGACUUUCUGAUCACUGUCCUUUGCUAUUCACUUUGGUGGAUCUGAACUGGGGACCUCGUCCUUUUAAGUUUUUAAACUGCUGGUGGGAUCAUCCAGACUUCAGACAAUUCGUUUGCAUCUCUUGGGCUGCCUUAUCUAAUGCAAAUAUGGAAACUCAUAGCAUUGUUACCAAAUUGAAAUUACUGAAGCAACGUUUGAAGGAUUGGAAUCAUGACACAUUUGGGAAUAUUAAUGAUAAGCUCAAAAGCGUUGAGGCGGAUUUAGACAGACUUGACAAAAUAAAAGAGACACGGGAUUUGGACAGUAGUGAAGAUUGCAAUCUCAGAUAUUUAAGGAGUUCACUUUGGAGCCUUAGCAAAUCUCAAGAAUCCUUAUGGAGGCAAAAAUCUAACAAAACUAAAGGAUCCAAUGUUUUCCAAUUGUAUUCAUUCGUAUGUGUUACAAGAUAUAUAUAG